AUGCGCCUCGCUUUACGUUCAGCAAACUUGCAAACAAUUAUCCCAUCAAGCUUGAGUGUCAGCACAAUUCUUCCGGUAUAUAAGAUUAAAUUCGGCGACCGUCUCAAUCCAAGAUUUUCCACUUCGGCAUCCACCAAAUCUAUCGUUGGAAACUAUUAUAUCGGCGGCGGCAGCAGCAUCAGCAGCAAAAUGAGUGACCAAUGCGACACCAAGAACUCAAACGACACAGCUCCUUCACAAGGUGCUGAAGUUGAUUGCGACAAGCCGGAAAAGGAGCUUCCCAAACUCACCCCGGCCGAGUUCCGGGUAUACAACCGUCUGGCCGAGCACAUGGAUUAUUUUCACAAUCACUUUCGCCACAGCUGGAAUGAGCUCUACACUGCCUGCAGCGACAACAAACGCCCAUCAGGCGUCUCAAUCCGUCAAUUCCUCAACAUGGGCUCACAGUUCCUCUCACAACUAAAUGUGCAUCACAGCAUCGAAGAACAGAGCAUCUUCCCCGUGCUAGCCAAAAAAAUGCCCGAGUUCAAGAAAGAGGUUCAUCUGCUCAAGCAACACAAGGAGAUUCAUAAAGGUAUGGAUAUACUUGAGGCUUAUUUGAUGGAUUGUAGAUCGGGCGAGAAGGAAUUGAGACUGGACGAGAUGAAGAAGGUUAUGGAUUCGUUUGGGAAGGUGUUGUGGGAUCAUUUGGACGAUGAGGUUAAGACACUGAGGGCGGAGAAUAUGAGGAAGUAUUGGACGCAGGAGGAGAUGAGGAGGUUGCCUAUUUGA